GACCCAUCUCCUCCUCCUCCUCCUCCGUAUGUUCCACGUAGUACCUCCUCCCGCUCAGUUCUCUGAACGGUCAUGUCGAUCCGCAGCUCUGAUAUCGCCUCCUUUAUUCUACCCUCGCUGGAUCCCCCAGGAGAGAAGCACGAUCUACCUCCUCCGUACAACCAACCUCCCUUCAAGCGUGGGCCGUUGACCGACAAAGCACGUCGAAGGGUAUGUAUCAUGAACCCUCUACCCAGACUCCAUCGCAGCCUGAUACCGGACUUGGACGCGCGGUGGAAACCUCCCGUUUUGUUGUAUGGCUGGUCGAUUGGUCAUCUCAUGCCAAUGCUCCUCGAGUACGCCGAAGAACAUCACCUCUUAGUCUACGCCGGUGGCUCCACAAAACCUCCCUCACGUUCUGGGGACUCCGAUGACAGCGACAGCGACGCGCACAGCGUGCACUGGGGCGACACGGACGAGGAAGACGAGGAGGAGGAAGAUGAGAAGUACGUCGAGAAGCUCUCGUCCGCAGAGCGCGCUCUGUAUGCCAUAGCGUUAGAGGCUAGCGUGGACAUGGGAAACCUACCGAGCUACCGGCAGCCUUUCACCCUCGGGUGUGCGUUGCAUGAUCCGCACAAGCUUGUGAUAUGCAUCUACUCGAACUACGAGCUGGCGUACGCUGUCUCUGAUGCCGCCAUCGAGAAGAUGCAGAAGCGGCUCGGGAUACAGGAAGCACCCGCGUGGUAUGUGAGCAGUAUAGAUCCGACGUGGAGUAGGAUUGCUCCUAGGUGGUGAUUGUAUGCCUUGUUGGUAAGCCGUCCACCGUAUGAACCAUCGAGCGACUCAACUUAUACCGUAGAUUGUAACACCGCAGUCCUGGGUUGCGCCCGGGCUGCAUGGACAUGGAUGGACGUGUACAUCAGUGUACUUGCUACAUAUGCAUGUCUUAUUGAUACGAGACGGCAAGUAGCAUGUACGUUUCCGUAUAUCCACAGGCCUCAUAUUCAUCUAUCUACCGUACUCACCAGUUCCUUGUCAAUGUCAUGCUCAU